AUGACUCGGGGAUUCCAUGAGGAACAAUUCGUGGCAGGUGAUGUGCAAGACAUCAACAUGAGACGCACCGCAGACCACAACAUCGCCCUUGACCCUGCACUAUUUGGGGCUCAAGCUAGUACCCCCGUAAUAUCCCAGCAUUCAAGGAACAGCCACGGAAGACGCGUCGACCUAUCAAACAGCCGUCGGAGCACAAAGAGAGCUCCAGGAUCUUUCCCGAAAUCGCGAAGAGACUUGCAAGGAGUAGGCCCAGACACACCUGCAAGACCAGACACCGCCCAGGAAAAUGACUCUGACGUGCCCGAAACCUCUCAAAUACCACCUUCUUUGAGCCCUUCGGGAUACCCUGAUUCUGGCUUGAUCGACCGUGCCAGUUUUAGAGACGGAGUCUUAGAAUCAAGCGCAACUCCAGAAACUAAAGCGGCCACUAGCUUUCUGCAAGCGCAAAUGGAAGUCGAUAUCCCUCCACAGAAAGAGAGCAACAGUCGGGUCAUCCGAUCUUCCAAAAAGCGAACUCGAGCAGAUGCCGGUUUGUCCGUGGACAAUGAAGAUAACCCUGAAGACACCACAUUUGAAUCACAAAGAUCGACAAGACGGUCCAAACGUACAAAGACAACUCCAACAUACAAUGACAUUGGUGAUGAGGGUGAGAGGAAGAUCAGGAAGAUAUCAAAGCUGAACGUCAGGAUUGCGGAGGGUAAAGCCCCAAAGACAGGUUCUCUUGGGCCAAAAGGCGAGGUGAGGAUAAGGGAAGAUGGGCGGAUGGAGUUCCGUGAUGUGAAUAAUCCGGAGUGGACGCUGGCCGCAUAUCACAAUGACUAUCGCCGACAAUUCCUUGACGAAGCUGCUGAGGAUGGCGAGUUUGACCACACGCCAGCUUGUGGCGAGGCUGAGCACGAUAUGACGAGCUACGAGCCUGAGCAGCAAAGCUGGGGCCCGUCUAGAGCGGACUGGCAGAAUAUUGUCGAUUCGGAAGGGGAAAAGGUGAUGUUUAAAUUUGACGAGCCAAAGAGCCGUCGCCCUCAACAAGAGCCAAGCGAUUGGAUUCACGACGACCUGGUCUUGCUAGACUCCAAGAACCACCCAGUGAAGGAUUGGCCUGGCUUGAACAAGACUCUGUCGACGGAGAUCGAAAGUUGGCGAUGGGAGGCCUUGAUGCGUAUUUAUCCAUGGCUGACAGUCGCAGAUCUUUUGGCUCGCAUGCCACACAUUAGAAAGAAGAAGGGGGCAGUUCUACCCCUUCAGACCCCGCAGGCUUUCACGAACCGCGCUUAUCGGUUCAGAGUUCCUAAUCAGAUCCCCGCCUCCAACCCCAAAAACGGGAGCAAGACAUACAAGGAGGGUAUACUCAAGAGUCUUGACAAGAAAGGCGCCAAGACUACAGAGGGGCUGCCAAUCCUUAAUCCAGACGAGGUUGAUAAAGUUAGAAGGGCGAAUAAGGGAAAGUUCAAGGGGAACUCUCGAUAUGUUGUCAACAAGGAUUUGGACCAGGAAACUCCAGAGACUACGCCACCCUCAACGAAGCGGAAGGCGCAUCGCGACGAUGACACCCCAUCCGAGCCCGAGCAUGACCCGCCAAAAGCCAAAAGACCCUGCGCCCGAACGCUACAGAGCUUGGGAGUAGAAGUGCCAAGUCCCAACGACCUGAUUCCGGAAUCUAUCUACGAUGACACUAAUAGGGAUGCCAACGUGGACGGCGCAGAACUCUUUGACGAGCCCACAGACACUGCUGGACUAUGGAAUGACCGCGAGCAAUGGGGCAACCCAAUAGAUACUACCGCGCCAUGGGACGACCAGAACGAAGAGGUCCUUGUCCCUCUUUUCACGAACAUUGAUGAUAAAGAAUUCGCUUUGGUCGAGGAUGCAAAUUUUACCAGCGCAUAUGCAGUGAUACAGGCACGGAAGAGUGGCAAUCAGCAGACUGGGCAAAUCGGUGUAUGCUGGUACAAGCAAAGUGUUCCUCGUCACAUGGGGGCGGAUGGCAACAUUGUGGAGGAUGUCGUUGACAGUGCCUACUGGCACCAGAUUGAGGCUGAGGAACCCUUCCCCAACGACAUCCAGCCUGCAUCGCAAGUCGACAGCACCAACGAUAUUCCACCUCCUUCUACACGAAGCAACAUCCCACCAACCUUCCACCCUUUGUUCCACGAGCCCAGCCAUGAAGGCUAUCAAGAUUUCCUGGGACAAAAUUCGUAUACUUCUCAGCCGAUGGCAAUAUCGAUCUCGCAAAUGCCGCCGCCAGUCUUCAACCAGAUUCGAGAUUACCAGCCACAGUGGGACAACUCCGACGAGGUUUGGCUUAAUCAUCUCGUGCAUCUCAAAGGCUCAGAAGAGGAGGAUGAGGAGGAGGAGGAGGAGGAGAAGUUGUAUCAGGACGGUUACACUCGAGUGCAUUGA